AUGUCCUCCCACAACACACAUCCCGACAACAACAACAACAACAACAACAGUUCUGUCGACCACGACUCCUACACCCACUACUACAAGCUUAACUUCGACAGCUCCAUCUACCACAAAAACAACAACUCUGCCUUCUACUACAACUCCAACCUCUACUCCUACAUCAACCUCAACAGGAGCAUCAACUACCAAGUGCAAUGCUCCAUCUACCACAAAAACAACAACUCUGCCUUCUACUACAACUCCAACCUCUACUCCUACAUCAACCUCAACAGGACUCCAUCUACCACAAAAACAACAACUCUGCCUUCUACUACAACUCCAACCUCUACUCCUACAUCAACCUCAACAGGAGCAUCAACUACCAAGUGCAAUGGUGAAGAAAGUUGUGUGUGGUCAGACUGGAUCAACCUUGGUCAGCCAACCUCUGGCUCUGAAGGUGGAGAUAAUGAAUCCAUUAAGAACAUCAUUGCUAGUGGUUAUCACAUUUGCUCAGCUCCAGAGGCAGUUGAAUGUAGAGCAAAACAAUACCCUGGACUUCAGAUCUCUCAGCUUGGCCAAGACGUGACUUGCAAUCCAUCCGUUGGUCUGAUUUGUAAAAACAAUGAGCAAGGUCUUCAGCAAAAGUGCUUUGAUUACGAGAUACGAGUGAAAUGUUGUCAAUGUCCUCCCACAACACACAUCCCGACAACAACAACAACAACAACAACAGUUCUGUCGACCACGACUCCUACACCCACUACUACAAGCUUAACUUCGACAGCUCCAUCUACCACAAAAACAACAACUCUGCCUUCUACUACAACUCCAACCUCUACUCCUACAUCAACCUCAACAGGAGCAUCAACUACCAAGUGCAAUGGUGAAGAAAGUUGUGUGUGGUCAGACUGGAUCAACCUUGGUCAGCCAACCUCUGGCUCUGAAGGUGGAGAUAAUGAAUCCAUUAAGAACAUCAUUGCUAGUGGUUAUCACAUUUGCUCAGCUCCAGAGGCAGUUGAAUGUAGAGCAAAACAAUACCCUGGACUUCAGAUCUCUCAGCUUGGCCAAGACGUGACUUGCAAUCCAUCCGUUGGACUGAUUUGUAAAAACAAUGAGCAAGGUCUUCAGCAAAAGUGCUUUGAUUACGAGAUACGAGUGAAAUGUUGUCAAUGUCCUCCCACAACCCACAUCCCGACAACAACAACAACAACAACAACAGUUCUGUCGACCACGACUCCUACACCCACUACUACAAUCUUAACUUCGACAGCUCCAUCUACCACAAAAACAACAACUCUGCCUUCUACUACAACUCCAACCUCUACUCCUACAUCAACCUCAACAGGAGCAUCAACUACCAAGUGCAAUGGUGAAGAAAGUUGUGUGUGCUCCAUCUACCACAAAAACAACAACUCUGCCUUCUACUACAACUCCAACCUCUACUCCUACAUCAACCUCAACAGGAGCAUCAACUACCAAGUGCAAUGGUGA